UCUCCCCUCUGCACCCUGCUACCCUUGAGUUUCUUUCUCUUUCACCCCAGGCCUUCAACUGCCAUCUUAUUCCAGUCAGGAACUUGCCUGAGCUCCCCAAAAUCUACUCUUCCAGUGAGUUCUCUCACCUUCCUGAAGCCCAAUGGGAAAUGAGCUCUUCUCACACCUUCUGGGAGUGGCUCAUCACCCCUCUGAGCCCAGGGGCUCUUACUGCCAGGGCAGUGGGUGGGGGUGACGGAUGGCAUGGCUGCAGCAGAGCCAAGAGAAGAACGCCUAUUUCCUGAAAAACAAGAAAACUUUACCUCUGAAUAAAUAAAAAGAGUGGUAAGGACAUAGGAGCAAGAUAGAGGACAACUGAGAGACUGGUCAGGGUGCCACUUGGACUCCACAGACACGCAGCGUCACAGGGGAGCGAGAGCGUGACUUACUCACUGGUGAAGCCAAUGCCACCAAAAUCUAACACAGAGAGUGUACCUCUGCCCUGGGGAGACCAGCAACAAAGAAAGUAACAGUGCAGGGGGAGGACAACAAAGUACCAAAUUGGGAAACAGUAACCAAUGGAAACAAAGGUGAGGUGAAGAAGACUGAAAACCCUUAGGGGUCCUGUGGAUUCUCCUGUCCUCUGGUAUGGGAACGUGGGGCAUCUGGGGAGCAAGUUCCAAGCUUGCUCUGCUCUACCCACUCCUCUUCCCAUGAACAUCACCCCUGCCCCUCCUCCACCCCCAGCUUCCAAGGCCUCAUAUCCCAUGCUGUGGUCAUCCGUUCGUCUCCUGCUCCAGACUGGCAUGGAGCCUUGGCACCAUGGCUCCUCUGUGUGUUCGGCUGCUGAGCACAGACCAAGUACCCUGAAGGGGUUCAGCGAGUAUAAGUGGUAGCGGGACAGAGUGCUGUCUGAGGCUGUGGGGAAAUGGGGGAGGAGAGUCUUGACCCAGAUUCCCCGGCUUCUCCAGGAAAAGCCACUCUGUCCUCUUCCAUCAAACACUUCUCCCAGGAGACUGCAUUUCUUUCCUUGUCCGAAGGUCUCAUGAAAGAGGUGGGAUGUGAGCUGGUUGCAGAAAGACAGACUGGGUGGGCACUGCCUAAUACCUGAGUAAACAGAACGCUCAGCUGUGGCUGAAAGCAGCCAGUAAAGCAAGCAGGUGUGCACUUCUAUUUUAGUUGGGCUCCCAGGUGACCACGAGGAGACAUUGGGGACUGACAGGGGACGAUAUCUAGUCCAAGUGAGAAGGUGAGGGCUUGCCCUGGGCAGGGAUGGAGGAGGGGUCCAGGGUGAGCCACGUUUCAAGGGAGGAAGGAGUCAAACGUGCUGGAUGAGUCAAUGAAGAUUUCGAGCACCAGGUCUCUGGACUCCACUUUCUGCAUUACGAUCUAUGCCAACAGCGACUCGGCCACCGAACCAGGGGUCUCCUCGCCUGAAGCAAGGGCUGGAAGAAGGGCGUGCGGCCUCGGGGUGCGGGUCGGAAAGGUCAGGGCCAGCCUCGGUGAGGCGCAGCCCGCGGGUGCCGGCUAGCCUGCGUCCCCGCAGGUAGAAGACCACGUCGGGGUCCCCGCUCCGAGACCCCGGGCUCGGAGGCGCGGCCGGUCCGCUCAGACCUUCACUGACAAACCAUUGCACGCCGUGGCCUCCGGUCGCCAGGACCUCUUGCCGCCGAGUCAACCACAAGGCCUAAGCCCAGAACAGGCCAGGUCCACGCGGGCCGGAGCGGAUUCAGAGACACUGCUGCAGCCAGGCCCGGAGCCACGCUCCUUAGGGACACCCGCCAGGGCCGGGGAGGCGGGGCGGCCGCGCAAGCUCUACCAAUCAACAGCCGGCGUUCGAAUUCGCAUCCUGGCGCGGCCAAUCGCGAGCGUCCGAGCCCGAGUGGGGGGGAGGGGGCGGGGCCCGGCCGAACAGUGGCGCGCGCCCCCCCGGGCGGGCCAAUGAGAGCGCCUGGUGCAUUUGAAAACUCCGGCGGGCGGCGGGCGGGUCUGCGCCUGCGUGGGGAGUCGCGCUCUGGGCCGGCAGGCGGCACUGGCAGAGAUACCGGCGACGGCAGCGACGGCAACCACGGUUAUGGGGAGCGGAGGCGUGAUCCACUGUAGGUGUGCCAAGUGUUUCUGUUAUCCUACAAAGCGGAGAAUAAGAAGGAGACCCCGAAACCUAACGAUCUUGAGUCUCCCUGAAGAUGUGCUCUUUCAUAUCCUGAAAUGGCUUUCUGUUGGAGACAUCCUCGCUGUCCGAGCUGUGCACUCCCACCUGAAGUACCUGGUGGAUAACCAUGCCAGCGUGUGGGCAUGUGCCAGCUUCCAGGAGCUGUGGCCUUCUCCAAAGAACCUGAAGCUCUUUGAAAGGGCUGCCGAAAAAGGGAAUUUUGAAGCUGCUGUGAAGCUGGGCAUAGCCUACCUCUACAAUGAAGGCCUGUCUGUGUCUGAUGAGGCCCGGGCGGAAGUGAACGGGCUGAAGGCCUCUCGCUUCUUCAGUCUCACGGAGCGCCUGAAUGUGGGCGCCGCGCCCUUCAUCUGGCUCUUCAUCCGCCCACCUUGGUCGGUGUCCGGAAGCUGCUGCAAGGCCGUGGUUCACGAGAGCCUCAGGAUGGAGUGCCAGCUGCAGAAAACUCACAGAGCGUCCAUACUGCACUGCUUGGGGAGAGUGCUGAGUCUUUUUGAGGAUGAAGAGAAACAGAAGCAGGCCCGGGACCUGUUUGAAGAGUCUGCUAAUCAGGGGUGUUUGACCAGCUCGUACCUCCUCUGGGAAAGUGACAGAAAGAUGGAUAUGUCAGAUCCCGGACGAUGCCUCCACAGCUUCCGGAAACUCAGGGACUUUGCUGCCAAAGGCUGCUGGGAAGCACAGCUGUCUCUAGCCAAAGCCUGUGCACACGGAAACCAGCUCGGACUGGAAGCGAAAGCCUCCAACGAGAUAGUCUGCCAGCUGUUCCAGGCCUCCCACGCUGUCAGUAAGCAGAGGGUCUUCUCUGUGCAGAAGGGACUCAAUGACACAAUGAGGUACAUUCUCAUCGAUUGGCUGGUAGAGGUUGCGACCAUGAAGGACUUCUCGAGCCUGUGCCUUCACCUGACCGUGGAGUGCGUGGACCGGUACCUGCGGAGGCGGUUGGUGCCCCGGUACAGGCUCCAGCUGCUGGGCAUCGCCUGCAUGGUCAUGUGCACCCGGUUCAUCAGCAAAGAGAUCCUGACGAUCCGGGAGGCUGUGUGGCUCACAGACAACACGUACAAAUACGAGGACCUGGUGAGGAUGAUGGGAGAGAUCAUCUCUGCCUUGGAAGGGAAGAUUCGAGUCCCCACUGUGGUCGAUUACAAGGAUGUCCUGCUGACGCUGGUCCCCAUGGCGCCAAGAACCCAGCACCUGUGCAGCUUCCUCUGUGAGCUCUCCCUGCUGCACACCAGCCUGGCCGCCUAUGCCCCGGCCCACCUGGCUGCAGCCGCCCUGCUUCUGGCGAGGCUGACACAUGGGCAGACACAGCCCUGGACCACUCGGUUAUGGGACCUCACUGGGUUCUCCUGUGAAGACCUCAUCCCCUGUGUCUUAAGCCUUCAUCAAAAGUGCUUCCAUGACGAUGCCCCCAAGGACUACAGGCAGGUCUCUCUCACUGCCGUGAAGCAGCGAUUCGAGGACAAGCGAUACGAAGAGAUCAGCCAGGAAGAGGUGCUGAGCUACGGCCAGUUGUGUGCAACUCUAGGGGUGAAACAAGAGAGCCCAGAACCCGCGUCUUUCCUCAGCACAGGGGACAUUCACACCUUCCUCAGCUCUCCCUCUGGAAGGAGAACCAAGCGGAAACGGGAGAACAGCCUCCAGGAGGACAGGGGCAGCUUCGUCACCACGCCGACCGCAGAGCUGUCCAGCCAGGAGGAGACACUGCUGGGCAGCUUCCUGGACUGGAGCCUGGACUACUGCUCCGGCUACGAGGGCGACCAAGAGAGCGAGGGCGAGAAGGAGGGCGAUGUGACAGCUCCCAGCGGUGUCCUCGAUGUCACUGUGGUCUACCUGAACCCGGAACAGCACUGCUGCCAGGAAUCAAGCGAUGAGGAGGCCUGCCCGGAGGAGGAGGGGCGUCAGGACACACAGGCAUCAGCACCAGGCAGCCAGACACCUUGGACCCCAGGGCUCGAGCGCUCUCUGUGCAGCAGGAGGGGGGCAGGCAAGGACAUAACGACCUCAGGGUACUCCUCUGUCAGCAGCACAAGUCCCACAAACUCCGCAGAUGGCUUGGGGGGCCUUGCCCGAUCUACCUCAGUACUGUCCCCGGGCAGCGACUUGAACACACAGCCUUGCCACCAUCACGCGAGGAAGUCGUGUGUACAGUGUCGUCCCCCAAGCCCCCCGGAGAGCUGUGCUCCCCAGCAACAGGUGAAGAGGAAAAACCUGUCCGCCCACAAUAAGGAGGAGGAGGACAUGAACUUGGGCUUUUUGAAGCUGUGAGUGUGUCAGUGCGUUUGCUGCAGUGAAUGUUGGCUGAAGUGAAUGUUUGCUGAGGCAGGGCUGCUGUUGCACUAGCAAGGGGGAGGGGGGCGCUGGAGAUGGAUCCCUGUAGACCCCUGGUGGCAGUCACACGGAAUAGAAAGGAGAACUUGGGGCAGUAAGUUUCUUUCUCUAGGGGAGCCCACUGUGAGCCAUCAGAAUGUCUAAAUCACAACAAAAACUCAGUUCCUUCUCUCUGGAAAGUUUAGCCUCAAAGCAAUCAUGCCAUACUGUGUGAAGCCUAUUUCUCUGUCCCCUCCCAUGUUUGUCCUGCUUUCUCUGGGAAACUUAAGCCCACGUCCUGAACUUCCCAGCCCCACGGAGCCCCAGGCACCGCGGGAGCUGAGAGCUUUCACAGCUGAGAACAUGUGUGACCCAGGUAUCCUGGCACAGCUCACCCCCUCCCACAUUUAUCUGGUUCGGGGUUCCACGGGGAGCCAAUAGCUCUGAGCACACCAUCCCUGCGCCCACAUUGGCCUGGCCUGCCCUGCCCCAGGCAGCCGUUCCUUUCCUCACUGGGUGGUGGGUCCUAUCGUGAGGGAACUCUGCCCCGCGGAUCUUUUCGGACUGCGUGUGAAUACCGGGUGAGUGGGCCCUGACAUUUUUGCAGGCCAGGGCCUUGAUGUCUUGGUCACAGGCUCUCUUCCUCCCAUAUUCUCAGCUCAUUUUAGAAAUCUGCCCCUUCUCCUGUGAUGGUUUGUCUGUGUCCCCAACAGAUGAUGUCCGUAUGAACAUCGGAAUGUCUGGGCCAUUUCUUUCCCUGUCUUUAUUUCCAUCCUCCAUCCCUCUAAGAUAAAAAACAAAAGAAAAAUUAAAAAUAGAAGAUAUGAGGGCUUCCCUGGUGGCGCAGUGGCUAAGAAUCCACCUGCCAAUGCAGGGGACACGGGUUCGAGCCCUGGUCCGGGAAGAUCUCACGUGCCUCAGAGCAACUAAGCCCGUGCGCCGUAACUACUAAGCCUGCGCUCUAGAGCCCGCGAGUCACAACUACUGAAGCCUGCGCGCCUAGAGCCCGUGCUCCACAGCAAGAGAAGCCACCACAUCAAGAAGCCCGCGCACCUCAAGGAAGGGUAGCCCCCGCUCGCCGCAACUAGAGAAAAGCCCGCACACAGCAACAAA